CCGGGAGCACUCCGCCAUCCGUUACGCUUCCUCCGCACCACGAAUUACACAGACACAAUGCUUCCCCGCCGGAUACCGUCGCUGCGGCGAUUGUACACGACCGCGACGCAGCCGCCGCCGACCGCUCCUAAGCCCGUCAUAAACCUCAAGCAGAUCCGCGCGGCGCCCGAGUACCACGCCCAGAACUGUGUGGACCGGAAUUACGCCGCGGUGUCCGCGUACCCGACGCGGAUCGUCGGGCUGUACGACGAGUGGGCCGGCCUGCAGCGCGCCCUGCGCGGCGAGCGCGAACGCCUCAAUGCCAUCUCGGCGGACCUGCGCAGGGCGGUCAAGGAGGAGAAGGAGGCGCUGAUCUGCGAGGCGCAGGCGCUGCGCGGGAAGAUCUCCGGCGUCGAGGAGCGCGAGAGGUGCUUGGAGAAGGAGAUGAAGGAGCUCGCGAUUGCGCUGCCGAAUACCACGCAUUCCGAGGCGCCCGUCGGCUCCGAGCCGAGGAUGCUGGGGUAUAUCAACGAAGCGUGCGCGCCGAAGGAGGAUGCGGACAAGGUCGUCAAGGGACACAUCCAGAUCGGUGCGGAGCUCAAGUUGUUGGACUUUGCGGAUGCGGGCGCCGUCAGUGGCUGGGGCUGGUAUUAUCUGCUCAACGAGGCGGUGCUGCUCGAGCAGGCGCUCGUCAAUUACUCGCUGUCGCUCGCCAUGAAGAAUGGAUGGCAUCUGGUCGCGCCGCCAUCGAUCAUCUACUCGCACAUGGCUUCGGCGUGUGGAUUCCGUCCGAGGGACCAGAACGGGGAGCAGCAGAUCUACACGCUGAAUGACGGGAAGCAUGCGCUGGCCGGCACGGCAGAGAUCCCGUUGGCGGCGAUGCACGCGAACAAGACAUUUGCGAUGGAGGAUCUUCCGAUGAAAGUGGUUGGCGUUGGAAGGGCGUACAGGGCCGAGGCGGGAUCGAGAGGAGUGGACAGCAAGGGAUUGUACAGGGUCCACGAGUUUACGAAAGUGGAGCUCUUCGCAUGGGUGCCCCCUCCGGCGGAGGAGAGCCACGAUGCCUCCGCGGCCGCCACAGAAGGCGAACCCGCAUCGGCGCCGGCAAAGCAACACCCCACUGCCGACGACGUCUUCAUCGAGAUGCUGGAACUGCAGAAGACAUUCCUCACAUCACUCGGACUCUACGCACGGAUCCUCGAGAUGCCAACGACCGAUCUUGGCGCAUCCGCGAGCAGAAAGAUCGAUAUCGAAGCGUACAUGCCGUCACGUGCGAAGAAGGAUCCGUGGGGCGAGGUCAGCAGUUUGAGUAAUUGCACUGACUACCAGAGUCGUCGCUUGAAUACGAAGUUGAAGUUGGAGGGCGGCAGUGGCAAGAAAACUGUGUUUCCAUAUACCCUCAAUGGGACGGCCUGUGCCGUACCAAGGGUUAUGAUCGCUAUCCUGGAGAAUGGCUGGUGCGAAGAGAGGCAGGGUGUGGUAGUGCCGGAGGUUUUGAGGCCGUUCAUGGGCGGGAUCGAUUUCAUUGGGCGAAAGAAGGAGAGCUUUCCCAUGUGCUCGUAAUAGUUGGAGUGACUUGUAGAUUUAUCGUUUUCGUUUCUGUGAGGUGUGUUUUGCUUGGCAUGAUUUGCGGAUUUGCGGAUUUGCGGAUUUGCGGAUUUGCGGAUUUGCGGAUUUCUCAACGCAACUUCAGACUCUCAGUGGAUCCAUUCCGCUUUGGAAUAAAACACCGAGGGGUCAGCAUCACGGUGGCAGAUUUGUCCAUUCUUUCCAUUCACUCUCUUCACUCACAACUCCAUCACCCGUCAUUUUUAUCCCACACAGCCAUCCCACUGUUUCUCGGCGCAGCUCAAUUCCCGUGGUGACACUCACUCACGCAUUGUCACUCACCUUGGAACAUACUCUUAAAUGGCCUAUUCUUUUCCGAUUCCAACGCCUUUACUAAUAAAUAAGGCCG